AUCUGAUGGAUUCGAAUUUAUACGUCAAUUUGACUUGAAACCUAUUGGGAAGUUGUAAAAUUCUAGAAUUCUCCAGAGUAAAUUUUCUAGAGUUGAAAUCUUAACACCAAGUGUUAAUUUGAUCGAAUAACUGAGAUAUUAUUUUAUCUGUGAUUUCUUGAUUAAUAUUUACAAUAAAAAUGGCUAAAUGGGGCGAAGGAGAUCCCAGAUGGAUUGUUGAAGAGAGACCUGAUGCCACUAACGUUAACAAUUGGCAUUGGACGGAAAAAAACGCUGGGCCUUGGUCUCAGGAUCGUAUCAAAGAGUUAUUUAAAGAAAUAAAGGUUAAUAGUAGUGAAGCCGAUUUAUUUAUCAAAGGAGUAGAUAGGUUAGAUGGUGAAGCAUCUGCUAAUAACCGAAAGGGGAAACUCAUAUUUUUUUAUGAAUGGAAUUUAGUUCUUAAUUGGUCCGGAAAGCUUACGAAUGGAUCCGAUAGACAAUUUAAAGGAAAAAUUAAAAUACCCAAUUUAUCUGAAGAAAAUGAUGUAUCUGAUUUAGAUAUACAAAUUAGUGUAACUGAUGAAGACGAAGAAGGGUUUAAAUUGAAGGAGAUUAUGAUUAAAUAUGGCAAACAAAUAAUUCGAAAUCAGCUUUCAAAAUACAUCUCGGGUUUGAAGGAAGAAUUUUCCAAAGGUAUGAUUCUUCCCAAAAAGGGAUCGGAAAAAGUAGAAACAGUAACGACAUUAACGAGCGGAUUCAAUAAAAAAAUUAAUAUUGAACCAAUGACGAUUGACGUCAACAAACAAAUAGGAUUGAAAAUUGACACUACGUCGUUUAAACAAACUCAGAAGUUUCAAUGUACUGCUCAGGAAUUUUAUGACGCCAUGACUAGAAUAGAAAUGGUGACAGCUUUUACGAGGGGUAGCGUAAAAUUAGAACCGGUCAAAGGUGGAAAAUUCGAAUUAUUCGGCGGAAAUAUCGUCGGAAAAUUCGAAGAAUUGAUACCAUGUAAGAAAAUAGUACAAUCUUGGAGGUAUAAACAAUGGGCCAGCGGACAUUUUUCCACUGUUACCAUUACGAUAGACCAAAAGAGUGACCAUACAGAAAUAACAUUGGAACAAGUAGGCGUUCCAACAGGUGAAUUGAGCGUCACCAAGGAUAAUUGGCAGAGGUACUAUUGGGACGGUAUGAAACAGGCGUUCGGUUUCGGUGCGUUUUUUACGUAAAUUAGUGCGCAAUAAAAAAAAUGGUUUAGUGUGUUGAGUUAUAUACUCAGUGGCGAAGUGAAAAAUGAACGGAACGUGUUUUGAUGUGAAAUUUAAUUGAUUUUUAAUGUGAUUUUUGUGGAAGUUUUUUGAAUAAUAUGUUACAGGGGACUUGUUGGAAAAAUUCUAGUUUGUUCUGUUUGUUUUUCUCAAACGCUGUGUAGUCUAUGAAUAAUGUAUGUCUCAAAAGUUUUGGUUCGAUGUUCGGUGUCAAUAUAUUUUGCGAAAAAUUUAUAUUUGGACGAAUUUUUUUAUUUUUCAUUCAGAUUUUACAGUAGUUUUUUCAGGGUGACCAAAUAUGGUGGAAAUUUUCCACUUUAGAUCGAUUGUAGUAGUUUUUCUUUAUAGUUUUUAAUUUUUUGUGGACAAAUUUGAGAAAAAAUUAAUUACAAGUUCAAUUUUAAUGGUGACAACAUAUUAUGAAGAAAUUUUUCACCUUAUGGUGAUUCUUGUAGUUUUUCUUUAUAAUUUUCAUAGUUUUGUGGAAUAAAUUGGAAUAAAAGUUUCAAUUUUCAAAAUAAUUUGGGGAAAACUUGAUUCAACUUGCAUUUUUCAAGGUGACAAAAUAUUUAUAAGAAUUUUUCACUUAAUGGCCAUUUUUUAGUUUUCUUCAUAAUUUUUAAUUUUUAAUGGAGAAAUUUAUAAAAGACCACAUUUGAGACUUAAUUUCGUAUGGUAACAAAAUAUUGUGGAAAUCUUCCACAUUAGAGCGACUCUUGUAUUUUUUUUAGUUUUCACAUAUGAUUUUCAUAUUUUAUGAGAAAAUUUGGGAAACAUUGGGUAAAAAGUUCUGAAUGAUGCGGUAAUUUCCCACUUUAGGGCGAUUCUGGUAGUUUUUCUUCAGUUUUCAUGUAUAAUUUUCCAUAUUUUAUGAGAAAAUAUGCGGAAAACUGGAUUCAAUUUUCUAUGACGACAAAAAAUUUUGCGCUUUAGGUCGAUUCUUGUAGAUUUUCUCCAUGGGAAAAACUUUAUUCAAGUUGAAAUUUUCUAUGGUGAUAAAAUAUUUUUUGUAAAUUUUCCACUUAAUGGUCAUUUUUGUAGUUUUUCUUCAUAAUUUACAAUUUUUGAUAGAGAAAUUUUAAAGAAACCAGAUCUGAUCUUCAAUUUUCUAUGGUGACCAAAUAUUUGAGGAAAUUUUCUACUUUAGGGCCAUCUUUGUAACUUUUUAUCAGAUUUUUCUCAAAAUUUUCAAUAUUAUUAUUCAAAAAAUGGGAAAAACUGGAAACUUGUAGGCGAUUCUUGUAGUUUUUCUUUAUAAUUUCCACUAUUUGUGGACAAAUUUGGGAGAAACUGUUUGAAAAAUUUAGAUUUUUCAAAUUAUGUGGGAAUUUUCCACUUUGAGUCCAUUUUUGUAGUUUUUCUUUGGAUUUCACUUAUAAUUUCCCAUUUUUAGUAGAAAAAUUUUAGGAAAACUGGAAUCAAGUUUUAAUUUUCUUUUUAGUGGCAAAAUAUUAUGUGGAAAUUUUCCACUUUAGGUCCAUUCUUGUAGUUUUUCUUUAAAUUCUUCCCACAAUUUUCCAUUUUUGUGGAAAAAUUAAGGGGAAAAAUGAAAUUUGCUAACGUAACGUUUUUUUUCAAUUUUUUUUUUCGUGAAACUAUGAAAAGGAAAUGUCUCAAUAAAACCUAUUGAAACCCAUAAAUUUGGCUACAAAAUUUCCUUUUUUUCCAAAAUUUCUAUGGAAUAUUUUCGAUUUUUGGGAAUAUUUUAUUCAAAACUUCCCCUAUGAUACUUGUAUCGAUAAAACUAUUAUUAUAAACGGUUUUUUGGCCAAUUUUUCUUCAACGGUUACUUUUAUCAAACUUUUUAUUUUAAAUUUGAUAUAAUUUGGGCAUUAACUUUGUGACAAUAUGAUUAUAUGCAUUUUUCUAACUCAUUUUAUGUCUUCUAAAUUAAGCAUUUGAAAAAUUGUCACUACACAAUAAUCACCUUAACUUUUGUACAUACAUUUUGUAAUCAGAUCAAUUUUUAAUUUUUCGAAUUUUCGUUCUUUUUGUACCAUUGCGGAAAUAAUUUAUUCAAAUGCCUAGGGUUCACACCAGCAAUGAAAAUUUAGUGGUUCAAAAGGACCACCUAAGUUAUGAUUUAGUGGUCCAAAAAUAUAACGUGGUAGACAAAAGUAAAAAAAUUAACAUAUGCAUGCUACACACACUUUUAUACAUAUUUUUACGGCAUAUAUAAAUUCUUUUAUGCAAAAACAGCACAGUAAAUAUAAAACAUAGGUUUUUUUAAAAAUAUUUUGGGCGACAAAUUUGUCGUCGAUGUGUAUGAUUUUGGCGACAUUUCUUGAUGAUUUGGCGACAAUUUUCGCUGUCGCCAUGCUGGCGUGAACCCUACAAAUGCCUAUUUAGCUACUACUCGUUAUAACUACGAUGUUUUUUAUCGCUGAUUUUUGUGAUCAUUUUUAUCUAAAUAAAAUAUAAGUUGAA